UAUAAAUUGAGUCAGUACAAGCCAUCCAUCUGGUGGACGCAUCACAAUCAGAACCAGACAACACGGCAGUCAGUCAGUCCCUUCAAGCUCGAUAAUUCCAACCGUCCACGAUGCCCACCAUUCUCCCCCCCUGGCCCAACCUAAUCUUCGGCAUCAUCGAGCCCAUCUCACUCAUUGCCGGAGCCCUAAGCCCCCUCAUCAACCUCCCCGCCUUCAUCACCGACCAAAUCCCCCAUCCCCAAUCCUUUCCUCUUCCCAUCCAACCCCAAACCAUCUCCCUAGCCUACCAGCUCGGCAACCUGUACGGCCUGCUCGCCCUGCUGGGGGUGGGGAUCCUGCGCACCACGACGGAACCCCCGGUCAUCCGGCAGUACCUGCUGGCGCUGCUGGCGGCGGACGUGGGCCACAUCGCCGCCACGGGGUGGGGGAUGGGGUGGGAGCGGUUCUGCGAUGUGCGCGGCUGGAACGCCCUGACCUGGGGCAAUGUGGCGGUUACGGCGUUCUUGGGGGUGAAUCGCGUCUUGUUUCUGGGUGGGUGGUUGGGGGAGUGUCGUCAAUCACAACAACAACCACCAGUUGGAAAAACUGGGAUCAAAGAAAAGAAGAAUCGUGGUGGGAAGGUUGCUUGAGCUGGCAGCAGUGGUUCUGGGAUUAAUGCGGAUGGGUAGGGGUUUGUUUGCCUUUUUCUGGGGAUUUUCGGGCGGGUGGAAGGGGUUGGGUUAAUUGUACGUACAAUAAUAGAUGUAAAGAGUCAUCGGUGGAUUAGACGGCUCCCUCGGUUUCGAAUACUCGAUCCUUGAGGUUUGUCUGCAGCUAAGGCUGAUACUACGGAGGAUGGAAGACGGUG